AUGAACCUGUCGACAUCAAGCCAACCUCAGGACUCGUCGAUCCGUAUACUCCAUGAUAAAGAACCGUCAAAUCAAGAGUUGGGAUCGCCUUCUGGCACAGAUCAACAUCAUCACCAUGGUUGGAAAUAUACAUUACAAUACUAUUUCCCUCAUUACACAUAUCAGCCCAUUGGCGCUGUGCAAAUAGAAGAACGGCCAAGCUGGCUUUAUUGCAUAGCGUAUGGGAUCCAGCAUGUAUUAGCUAUGUUCAGUGGUGUUAUCGUCUUGCCCCUUAUCUUGGGUUAUGAUUCCAACACAUCCCUCUUCUUUUCUGGUGUAUCAACCAUGAUCUUUUUCAUUGUAACAGGCGGAAGAGUGCCAUCGUAUCUAGGAUGUUCAGGCUCAUUUGUAAGUAUCAUACUAACGAUAUCAAACUAUGCGAGUACAUCCAAUUUAGAGAUGAAUACAAAUACGGCUACAGUGCAAGGCGCCAUUUUUGUACUGAGCCUUACUUAUGCUGCUAUAGCUCUUGUCGUCAUGGUAUUUGGGUACAAAUGGCUGGAGUUUUUCAUGCCACCUAGAUCCAUCAUCACAAGCAUAGGACUACAUCUUUCAUUCCUGUCCUAUGACAAAGCCGUCAAGUCGCCAUUUGAUACCUACAUGGCUAUCGCUACUGCAUGUGCCAUCAUGUUGAUUUCAGUGUAUGCUCCAACAAAUGCCUUGCGUAGAAUCGCCCUUCUACUAGGUACCAUGACCGGCUACUUCAUACAUGCCAUGUGCAAUUUGAAAGGAAUAGGACCUUCGAUUGAUUAUUCAGAAAUUGUUUCAAAUCCUUGGAUUCGUGCUCCCUCCGUUUAUUUCAGUUUGAAAUUUGACUCUAGCUCGAUUGGUAUGGUUAUGCCAAUCUUGAUUGUGCUGUUGGCAGAGAAUUUAGGGCACAUGAAGGCAAUUGGCUCCAUCACACAUAGACCCAUGCUUAGUUACGUUGGAAGAGCCUAUCUUGGCGAUGCUAUGGGUUGCUUUGUAGCAAGUUUAACUGGUGCCGUUCCAUUUACAACAUAUGCCGAAAACAUCGGCGUCUUGUCUGUAACGCAGGUCUUUUCUCCAUUGGUCAUUCUAUUUGCAGCCGUGUUUGCCAUGCUGCUAGGCUUCUUUGCCAAAUUCAGUGCUAUCGUCAAGUCUAUACCUCAAGGUGUGUUGGGUGGUGUUACCAUUAUCUUGUAUACAUUGAUUGCUAUUACUGGCGUUCGAAUUUGGGUUGUGAAUAAGGUGGAUUUCAAUGACACUCGUAACAUAUUUGUGGGUGGGUUACCAGUUAUCCUUGCCACUGUCAUGCAGACACCAUUGCAGGUGAGCAACUUUCAAUUAGAUGGCAUUGGUGUCGCAACAUUUGGCUCCAUCAUUUUAUACCAGGUAUUAAAAGGUUACGAUGGAUUAUCCAUGUACAGAAAAAGUAUUCAGUCUACGUUUAAUAAGAAUAAAGCGCGAGAGAUAGUGUAG